UCGGCGAGGCGCCUCGAUAAGAAGCGACGAGCGGUCCCCGACCAAGGCCGGGCGCUGGGCAGCGGGCAGCGCGCGAGUCAGUCCGGGGGUGGACCGCCGGCGCAGCAACCCGACACCGAGACAUGACGCUGGUAGCCGCUGCCUCGGAGCCUCGCGAAGCCAGACCGCGCUUCUUGGCAGCCAAGCGAUAUUCAGAGGAGACGCCCUGGUGAUCUGAACCCGACUGAACCACCACCUGCGACAACAUGGCGCUCGACUUUGCCGCUGGCUGCCUCGGCGGUUGCGCUGGGAUAUUAGUGGGGCACCCCUUGGAUACUGUAAAGGUACAUCUUCAGACGCAGAACCAGCGCACACCUGCCUACCGAGGAGCCUUCGACUGCUUCAAACACAUUUUGCACAGGGAGUCGGUGGGGGGCCUGUACCGCGGCAUGGCGGCGCCGCUGGCGGGCGUGGCGGCGGUGAACGCGGUGACGUUCGGCGUGUACGGGCUGGCGGCGCGCUACCUGGGCGCCGACUCGCUGCGCGGCCAGUUCGCCGCCGGCGCGCUCUCCGGGCUGGCGCAGUCGGCCAUCUGCGCACCGCUGGAGCAGCUCAAGACGCGCGCACAGCUGCUGGGCGUCGGCCCACUGCAGUGCGCCGCCGACACGCUGCGCCGGGAAGGCUCGCGCGGGCUCUUCCGGGGGCUCGCCGCCACCGUGCUGCGGGACACCCCUGCCAUGGGCAUCUACUUCGCGACGUACGAGGCGAUGACGCGUGGCAGCGCCCCCGCGCCCACGUGGCUGGUGCUGGCGGCGGGUGGCACGGCGGGCGCCGCCUCCUGGCUGUUCACCUACCCCGUGGACGUGCUCAAGUCGCGCCUGCAGGCCGACGGCGGCGACGGCCGCCCCCGCAGGUACUCGGGUAUGGCGGACUGUCUGCGGCAGAGCGUGCGCUCGGACGGCUGGUCCUUCCUGACGCGUGGCCUGGGCAUCGUGGUGGUGCGCGCCUUCCCCACCAACGCAGCGUGCUUUUUCACCGUGACGCUGGUACUGCGCUGGGACCAGGAGCGCCGGCGUACCAGCAGCCACGGACACCGGCAGCUGCCGCCCGCCGUCGGAGAGCAGGGCUCCGGUUUGCUGCAGCUGCAGCCGCCGCGACCUGCCGCCACCUGGCACCGAGGCCACCUGGACGACCUCUUCGGUUGGAGGCGUAGCCUGGCGCGAGCCACGGGCUGCGGCUUCCUCAAGCUGGAAGGUCCGGCGGCCAACAGGGAGGAUCAGAGCGAGGCAGCUGGAGGCCAGUACGAGAGCGUUCACAGACUCUUCUUACACACGGCUGACUUCACAGAGAGCUCGUGGUUGAGCAGUGAAGAGUUCCUCUCCCCUCCUGAAGGCGAUGCUGAGCGGAAGAUCGAGGCGGAGCAGUUGGCGGUUUCGGAAAAGGGCGAAGUAGGGAGCAAGGUCGCUGACAAUCUUUCGAAAGGGUUUGAGUCUGAAAUAGUCCGGUCCCAAAGCGGAAUGGCCUCUUCAACCAGCGAAGAAAUCUCGACAACGGUGUCAAAGUUAGAUCCCAAAUCGGACGACAUUCAGAUAAUGGGUAGUCCGGCGAGUGGCUUGGUGAGGAAGCCGGACGCCGUGCGCCACAUCAGCCGGGAUGCUGCGAACCGUACGAUGGUGGCGACGCAGGUGGACUUGUUCCAAGGGUAUAUCGUGCCACCAGACGACCUGUGGCUGGACCAAGGAGUCGGCAAUCACCUCGAGCGCGGAAAGCUAGCCGCCACACGGCUCGACAAAAGUCGUUCCUUGAACGACUGAAUCAAUAGUAGGGACACACGUCUCCAUAUGUGAGGACGGAGAGGUUUCAUUCGUAGUGUAAAAUGAGGGCCUUCUUACAAUGAAGAGGCCGCAAUCAGGCAUAUUCUGAUUCUGAUUUCAUUCAUUUAAAUCGUUACCGGAUUGAACACUUCGUGAUUUAUGUCGGUGACGCAGUAUUCUUUUCAGGUAGUGCACUCUUGGUCUGUGGCUCACAGUGUUUAUGUGGAAACGUAUUUACAUGAUAUGUAAUGUUACCUGUAGCCAGCCCAACUGUGAAAUACGAUCGACAAUUGGGUUAAAAAUUACUCGACUGUUGCUUCUUUUUUGUAAGUUUGGUCCAUUUCACCGUUUGAUACAUCAAUUGGCGCUGGGCGUAAACGCACACUGCGUUCUCCUCCUGUGGACUGUUUGAAGACGGCGCAAAAUAGACAAAGUAUGCACCAGCAUUUACAACGAGUCGUGCUCUAAAGCUUGUAGCACUAUGUGUAGGCAAAGGUAUAGCAGAUGAAACAACAAAGAAACGAACAAGCGACUGUAAUGCUAACUGG